AUGCCGCCCCUCGGCAGAGAUGGAUCGCCACAAGCCUCCUCACACCCGCUCAAGAUUUUCGAUGCGGUGAGAAAGAAAGACAAGUUUCUGUAUGCUUGCGCGCCCAUGGUGCGAUACAGCAAAGUGCGUGCGCAAACAAAACCAUCUCCUGGUUCCGACUUCCUUUACUCCCACGUUUCCCAGUCGAAUGGCUCGCUGACCGAAUCGUCUCAGCUUGCCUUUCGACAAACCGUCCAUAAAUACGGUGUCGACCUUUCCUGGACGCCCAUGAUUCUCGCCAAAGAAUUUAAUCGCAGCAGUUUUGCCCGAGACAGUGACCUCACCAUCUCCACAGACGGUACCCAGCUGCCCACAAUUCUCCAAUUUGGCGCCAACUCGCCCCUCGAGCUUGCCCGCGCUUCGUCUCUCGCCGCCCCUGCCGUCGCUGGCGUUGACCUCAACUGCGGAUGCCCUCAGUCGUGGGCCUGCGCCGAGACCUUGGGUGCGGCCCUCAUGAACCAACGCGAGCUCGUGCGGGACAUGGUCGUCGAGACCAGAGAGAGGCUGAGGCAGGACGGCUGGGCCGUCGGCAUGGAAACCGACAUGGAUAGGCCGAAUGGGAGGAGCGUGAGCGUCAAAAUUCGGGUCCAUGAUGAUUUGAGGAAAACUAUGGACUUCAUGGAUACCGUCAUUGGCCACCCUCAAAACCGGCUCGUCGACUGGAUCACCAUCCAUCCACGUACCCGAAGCACGCCAUCAACAACACCCAUUCGCACCGAGUCCCUCGAGAUCCUGACUUCCAAAUACGCCUCCACCCUCCCCAUCCUGCUCUCUGGCGACGUUUUCGACCUUUCAUCCUUGCCUUUCCAGCCGCUCCCGGAACUCCCCACCCUCACCGUCAAGGACGAGCGGGCGGCGCGGACCGGAUGCGCGAGUCCUGUGAUCCCUGCGCCAAGCAACACGAACCUCUCGGGCUUCAUGUCCGCGCGCGGCCUUCUUGCCAACCCGGCCCUCUUCGCCGGCCAUUCCUCCUGCCCUUGGGAUGCCGUCGAGACCUUCAUGUGCAACGUCGCCCGCUGCCCGCUGCCCUUUAAGCUCGUCGUUCACCACGUUUCCGAGAUGUGCAGUCCUGGAAUGGGUCCGGACAAGUCAUCGUUGCUGCCCAGGAAGGAGAGGGCCCGGCUGUCUGACCUCAAGGACAUGAUAGAACUCAUAGACUACUUGGAUGAAAAGAUGGAGGAGCAGACGGGGAAAGGGGGAGGACUGCGGAGAGAUUUAUGA